AGAAAGAGAGGGAGAAAUCUCCGAUCGGUUUCGCCGCCUGCGCUGGAGCUGCUCCCGGCGGAGGGGAGAGAGGAGGAGGAGGAGGAGGAUGAGCAGCCCCUCCAUCCCCGGGAAGAUGGAGGCGAAACCUUUGUUCAACGUGCAGAAGGCUCUGGUGCAGCCCGUGCAGAUGUGCAUGUUGGAUAUCCCGCUGAGCGUGCAGGAUGACGAUAGCUCCACACAGGAGAUUGGAGAAGAGCUGGAGGAUGGUGUGAUCUACAGCAUAUCCCUCCGGAAAGUGCAGCUCCACCACACGGCCAACAAAGGGCAGCGCUGGCUGGGGUUUGAGAACGAGUCAGCCUUAAACCUCUACGAGACGUGCAAGGUGAGGACGAUCAAAGCCGGGACCUUGGAGAAGCUGGUGGAGUACCUGGUCUCAGCCUUCAAGGGCAAUGACUCCACCUAUGUCACCAUCUUCCUGUGCACCUACCGGGCCUUCGCCACCACCAAGCAAGUGCUGGACCUGCUGCUGAACAGGUAUGGCAAACUCCACGUGCAGGCGAACGGGGACCACGCCAGGCACACUGUGGAUGAGAGGAUGGAGCUGAAGAACACCAUCUCCUCCAUCCUGGGGGCCUGGCUGGACCAGUACUCGGAGGAUUUCCGCAAGCCCCCCGACUUUGCCUGCCUGAAGCAGCUCAUCUCCUACGUGCGCCACAACAUCCCCGGCUCCGACCUGGAGCGCCGAGCCCGCAUCCUGCUGGCCCAGUUCCAGCAGCAGGAGCAGAGCGAGGCCGAGGCAGAAGCUGUGGACCACAGCAGCUGCACCUUCCAGCUGGUAGAAGAGAACGGGGUCAGUGAUGGGAAGCCAGAUUUCCUCUCCUUCUCCCCAGAGAUGGUGGCAGAACAGUUCACACUGAUGGAUGCUGAGCUGUUCAAGAAAGUGGUGCCUUACCACUGCCUGGGCUGCAUCUGGUCCCAGAGGGACAAGAAGGGCAAAGAGCACCUGGCCCCCACCAUCCGUGCCACGGUCUCCCAGUUCAACAGCGUGGCCAACUGUGUCAUUGCCACUUGUCUCGGGGACAGGUCCCUGAAGCCACAGCAGAGGGCCAAGGUGGUGGAGCGGUGGAUCGAAGUGGCUCGGGAGUGCCGCAUCCUGAAAAACUUCUCCUCCCUCCGAGCCAUCCUCUCUGCCCUGCAGUGCAACGCCGUGCACCGGCUCAAGAAAACCUGGGAUGAGGUCCUGAGGGAGAGCUUCCGCACAUUCCACGAGCUCUCCGAGAUCUUCUCCGACGAGAACAACCACUCGCUGAGCCGGGAGCUUCUCAUCAAGGAGGGCACAUCCAAGUUUGCCACCUUGGAGAUCAACCCAAAGAGGGCUCAGAAGCGGCAGCAGCAGCAGCGAGAGAUGGGUGUGAUGCAGGGCACCAUUCCCUACCUUGGCACCUUCCUGACAGACCUGGUGAUGCUGGACACGGCCAUGAAGGAUUUCCUGGAUGGUGGGCUGAUCAACUUUGAGAAGAGAAGGAAGGAGUUCGAAGUGAUUGCACAGAUCAAGCUGCUCCAGUCAGCCUGCAACAAUUACAGCUUCACACAGGAGGACCAGUUUGUGGAGUGGUUCCACAGCCUGGAGAGGCUCAGUGAGGCCGAGAGCUAUGGGCUGUCGUGUGAGAUUGAGCCGCUGUCAGAGUCAGCCAGCAACACGCUGAAGGCCAAGAAGAACACGGGCAUCAUCAAGAGAUGGAGCGACCGGCAGCCACCAAGCACGGAGCCCUGUGCCAGCGGCAGCUCCCACUCGAAAUCCUUCGACCAGCUCAAGUGUGGGCAGUACCUGUGCAGUGGGGACGCCACUGACUCAGUGAGUGUCACCUCUGCCGGCUCCAGCAGCUCUGACGUGGAGGAGAUCAACAUCAGCUUCAUCCCAGAGUCCCCUGACUGCCAGGAGAAGAAGGUCAGUGAGAUCCCUCUGGCCUCCCUCCCCCAGCGCUGGUACGCCCCGUCUGUGGCCGAUGGAGAAGCUAAACCCACUGUGUCCUCCGCAUCCCCUCUCCUCCCUGCCCUCCAGUUCUGGGAAUCCACCUCCCUCUCUUCCCUGGACACGUCAGGCAUCGGCUCAGGCUCCAGCAGUGCCUCCUCCUCCUCCGUCUCCUCCACGCCGGUGACGGCCUCCCGCACUCACAAGCGCUCGGUCUCCGGCAUCUCCAGCUACUCCUCACUCUCGCUGCCCCUCUACAACCAGCAGGUCGACGACUGUUGCAUCAUCCGAGUCAGCCUGGCUGUGGACAACGGCAACAUGUACAAGAGCAUCCUGGUGACGAGCCAGGACAAGACCCCCGUGGUUAUUCGCAAGGCCAUGGCCAAACACAACCUGGAUGGGGACCGGCCUGAAGACUAUGAGCUUGUCCAGAUCAUCUCGGAGGAGAGAGAGCUGAAGAUCCCCGACAAUGCCAACGUCUUCUACGCCAUGAACUCCGCUGCCAACUAUGACUUUGUGCUCAAGAAGCGGGGCUUCUCCAAGGGGGUGAAGAUCAAGCACGGCUCCAGCUCCACCCUGCCCAGGAUGAAGCAGAAAGGCCUGAAGAUCGCCAAGGGCAUCUUCUAGCCUCAGCCCCACUGCCACCCAUCACCGACAGGGCCUUGGGGGCAGCUGCUCCGGGCUUGGCUGUGGCCACUCCUUGUGCCACCCUGCAGGGCAGAGGAGUGACCCUCACCCACGGGCGAUGGCCGUGCACCUCCUUCCGCACCCAGAGCUGAGAGUUGGGCAACUGGUGUCAACCUCUGCCUCUCUCUGCACAAGCCCCCGUUCCAAUCAGGUCUUUUUUUCUACACAGGAAGGCAGCAAUGGGGGGGGGGAUUUGUCUAUCUUUUUGUUUUGUUUCGUUUUUUUUAACCUUCCACGGUGCGACACUCGGCCAGCCCAGAGCUGGAGCCCGCCUCUGCCGUAGGUGCCUUGUGUCUAAGCGAGCCGAGGAGCAGUGACUUGCAGAGGGGCUGUGACAAAGCAGAGCAGGAGCUACCACCAUCACCCUGGAAGGGGCUGCCAAGCCUCCUUCCCAGCCUUCCCAGUGUUACCUCCACGUCUGUCCUCCCUGGGAUCACUGGCGUUGCCACCACCGCACAGCUCUGCCUGUCCUUGUCCUUCCCUUGGAGAAGCCACGGAUGCCCUGGGCUGGGAGUGAGCUGGAAGGAUGCAGCCCUGCACCAGUGCUGAGCCCCGUGGAGGAGCCUGUGGCCGUGCCACGAUGGAGUGGGUGCCUCGUGCUCUCCCCAGCUGGAAGCCUGCGUGGUCUCGCUCUUCUCUGGAUCCAGCACAUCCUCCAGCUGGACUGGGCCAGUUCAAACUUGCACCAAAGAUCAAAUGCCAGUGUCUCUUCUGCCAAGGGGAGCUUCAGGCCGUGCCCCCCGGCGCUGCCAGCCUGAGGAGGAGGAGAGCAAAGUUCUGUGUGGAACUGUGUAAAUAGAGACUUUGGGUCUGUGUGGGCACAGAGGGGCCAGAGAGCUCAAGGUGCUCCAGGUGCCCCAGCUGCCACUGCCGGACCCACAGAAAGUGCCACUCACCUUGGGCUUUAACCGGACUUUUUCAAACACUGACCAUGGGAGAAACAGCAAUGAGACUUUUUUUUUGUAUAAAACAAAAAAGUUUACUGAUUUUUUUUUUUUCAGUAUUUAUUGGUUGUAAAUAGAAGAGGUAAACUUGUACAUUUUACUAAUCCAGCCUUCCCCUGCCCUGCAGCCCAGUCCCUGUCCUGUGCCCCCCCUGGUAUUUAAGGCUGCUGGGAGGGACGCUGGCAGCAGCAGCAGCAUUGCUGCGCUGUGCUCAUGGGGUGCAGACCCUGCCAGCCCCCCCUCCCAAAUUCUCUACCACUAAUUGCUCGAGCAGGGGCAGAGAUGCCUGUUUUAACCAUUGUAGGAAACACUAACCAAAGGGGGACCUUUUGUUGCUCCUGCCUCCAUCUCUGUUUUUUAAGCUCGUCAUUCCAGCAGAUCUUUUCAGUUUCCCACCCGUCAGCGUUCCCAGGUGGUUGUGGUGCCUUCCCCUGCUCCAGGACAGGGAGCACCCUCCAGGGGCUGGGGCUGGUGAGGAAGAGGCUGCUUGGGUGUGAGCGUGGCUGGCACGGAGCUCCUCCCGCCCCGCGGCCCCUCGGGCAGCGCUGCCCAUGGUGCACAUGAUGGGAGCUCCUGGCUCCCUGACGCACGGGCAGCCUCCUGCCUCCCCCCUGCCCAAAGCCCCUUCCCCUGGGCACCAGCACCACCCCUCUGCUCCGUGCCUGCCCACCCUGGCACUGUCCCCUCCCCUCCCAGAGGGGGGACUGGCUGUACCCUGUGUAUUUUGUACCACUUCAAUGAAGGAGCACACUGCCCGGUGUGACUUGUACACAGCAAUGUAAUUAGUCUUUGCAAUAAAAUACUGAUGCUCAAA